AUGGCUCGGACCAAAAACAAAGCAAGGAGAGGAGAAGGAGCUCUUGGAUCACGUGAAGAGCAGAGAGGCCAGGACGGGAAUCAAGCAAAUAAAGAAAGCAGAAAAGCGCGUAGAGCAAAGAAAAGAAGCCGUAAUGAUAUUGAAUCAGACCAGACGGUGGAGAUCCAGUCCGCAAAGAGAGCCAAAACAUCACCGAAUUCAAAUGGCAUCGAUCACGUUUCUUCACUCGAAUCAACAAACGCAUCAACUGUAAACCCUGAGGAGUCCAGGAUAUCUCAGAAUAAAGAUUCUCAGACGGCCGACCCAUCAAAUACUCUCUCUUCAAGCGCCCCUCCAUUGUACGGAGAUAUCGUCUCUACACACGACAUCACUCAAAUAAGCAUUCUUACAUCCAGCAAGAUUGAGAAAAGAGUCACUUCGGUACUAGAAAGACUAGCACACUACCCGGUCAAACCGCCCUCAAAACCAGUAGUCGUAUUCUUACAUUCAAAAGCAGCGGCGGCAUCAAAGUUGAUCACUAUUAUAGAGAUUGCCAAAAGAGACAUUGCGGCGAAGGGAGGAAAGUGGUUUCAGUACAAUGCUUUGAGUCAGAUCAUGGGGGAGGUGUCGAGGGACGUGAAAAAACGAGGUGCGAAGGGCAGAGAUCCAAAAGACUCGAUGGAUGUAGACAGGGGUGAGAAGUCUGAGGAUGGGGAGGAAGAGGAUUCUUUCGAGGUUAUGAAAACUCCGUUCGAAAGAGCUGUCGAGGGGACUCUGAAGAUUCGCGCCAUGCCCGUUAUGGCUACUUACCUGUCAAGAGUUCGGAUUGAGAGCUUGCGGAAGAAGUAUGGCGAACAAACAAAUGCGUUAGAGGCUAAGCAAUAG